CCAUCUCUGUCGCCCUACAGAGCAUAGUUCGCGCUCCCUGGCCCAAUCACGUUGUUUGCUAUGGAGCUGAGUGAUCCGAAAAGAGAUCCGACGGCAUUGAAACGCGGGGUCCUGCGUCCGAUAUCGCGUAGUGAAUCUGGAAAGUCAAAAGCACAAGAGAUAGAUCAGGAUAGAUUGCCUGGUAUGGAAUACUGAAAUGGUGUACACCUGACGAGCAUAUGUGCUUAGGAGUGAUUGAUGGCGCCACUUCUAUGCAUAUGCAGGGACUUCGAUUGCGCAAGUGAAAACCAACAGAUAGUUUAU